AUGCGGUUCUCCACAACACUCAUGAGCCUCAGUGCCAGAAACUCAUUCGGCAAUCCCGGUGUCAAUGCAACAUACGAUUAUGUUGUUGUAGGAGCCGGACUGGCUGGUGCGCUUACAGCCUCGCGGUUGGCCAUGGCCCUGCCAAACAUGACGGUCGCGGUCAUCGAAGCUGGAUCCUUCUACGAAAUUUCCAACGGCAACUACAGUCAGAUCCCAUACUACUCCACGAUGUAUGUCGGUCCCCACCCGGAAGACUACCAACCAUUGAUCGAUUGGGGAAUCUUCUCGGAACCUGCACCAGGCGCAAAUGGAAAGGUGAUUCACUAUGCGCAAGGCAAAACAUUGGGUGGAAGUUCAGCACGCAAUCAACAAAUUUACCACAGAGCCACAAAAGGCUGGUACGAGACCAUCGCAAACAUUACUGGAGACGACGCAUACCUCUGGGAGAAUAUGCUCCCGUUCAUGAAGAAGAGCUUCAGCUUCACACCUCCGCCGUUCGAGUACCGCGCUGCAAAUGCUUCUCCCAACUACACCUUGUCAACCUUUGACGCACCUGGAGGUCCUGUCCAACUCAGCCAUCCGAAAUACGCACAGCCGCUGGCUUCAUACGGACCAGAAGGUUUCGCGGCAGCCGGCUUCAAGCCCAACGAUGGAUUCUUGAACGGUGAUCUCUUUGGCUACGGUUACUGGCCGUUCACUCUGCGAGAACUGGACAGCACAAGAAGCAGCACAGAGGUAGCUUUUCUAUCUCCAACAGCUGCAAAGACUGCCCUGAAGAUCUAUCAGUCUUGCAUGGUCCGCAACUUACUCUUCAACAGUAAUAAGCGCGCGGUAGGUGUGAACGUAACUGUCCAAGGGCUGAAGCCAUUUACUGUACACGCCCGCAAGGAAGUCAUCGUGUCCUCUGGCUUCAUCCAUUCCCCACAGCUUCUCAUGGUAUCAGGAAUUGGCCCGCGGCAUAUACUGGAGGAACACAACAUCCCCGUCAUAUCCGACCUGUCUGGCUUAGGACAGAAUUUUCGCGACACCCCUGCCAUCGGGGCAGUCAUACAUUCAAUUAACGUACCCAGCCGAAGUUCAUGGUCCAAGAACCCGGCAACCUUCGAAGCCGCCAGCGAGAUGUAUCUGAAGAACGGCUCAGGGCCUCUCAGUAGCCCUGCUAGCGACUUCGCAGCCUGGGAAAAGUUCUCGGACUCAUACACAGCUAACAUGACCCAAUCAACCCGCAAUUACCUUUCCAGCCUUCCUUCAGACUGGCCGAAUAUCGAAUAUAUCCUCGCGGCGGAGGCGCGCGCACUUUCAAACGCCAACAGUGGCAACACUGGAAGCGUCAGCAUGCUCCUUACAUCAGCUUCCAGUGCUGGCAACAUCACCAUCCGCUCAGCCGACAACACCGUCGCGCCUGUUGUGUAUCUCGGCUGGCUCGACUCCAAAGAAGAUCAAGAACAAGCCGUCGCAUCAUACAGGCGCGCCCGCUCCAUUGCCGCAAAGAUCGCUGCGUUUGGCCCCGAGCUGGCUCCCGGCGCCAACGUCACGACCGAUGCGCAGAUACUGAACUACAUCAAGACCAAGGGCAUUGGGGCUAUCCACCACGGGGCGGCGACGUGCGCGAUGGGAAAGAGCCCUGCCGACGGCUCGGUUGUGGAUUCCAAGGCGAGGGUAUUUGGAGUCCACGGGUUGAGGGUAAUUGAUGCCAGUUCGCUACCAUUUUCGGCGCCGGGACAUACGCAGGGCGUUACUUACGCGCAUGCGGAGAAGUUGGUACAGGAUAUUAUUGAUGCCGUGCGAGGGACAUAG